AUUCCCGACUACGAGUUACAUCAGUGCGUUCAAAAACAAGUACACGCCACGUACAUGCCGUGGCCCAGUUUCGCACUCGUUUACGUCACUUCGACCUAAUAAAGAACUUAUUUCGGAACACGCAUCAGAAACGUACGACUAAAAACAAUAUACAGCGAAGGAACAAAAACAAGGUAACAUCAAUAAUAAAAUACAAUGUUGUGGUGGAUAAGAGGAAAAUGCGACGAAAAGUACGUAAUGUUAAAUCCGGAGUGAGGCAUGUAGCGCGCAUGCGCCCACCACGGACAUGCGCAGUGGAAACGUCAUAUCUAUUUUAGUAGCAAGCUUUCGUGCGGGACAAGCUUACAGUGCCACGCUUUAAAAUUCAAAUACACGUUCACUCCUGUAAAAUAAAUCGUACGCUUUACAAACCACGCUUAAAUAAAUAAUAAAUAUAGUAAAUCGGCUUAUAAAAAUGGCAUUCGCGCUACAAAUUAGCAAUAAUAGCACCUAAAUGAGAUAAGCAUAAGUGUUAAAAUGCAGCAAUGCGCCAAAAGAUCGAUGUCAGUAUUCCCUGAUGCCAAAAUUUCAAAAAUAUAGUGUCAAAUAUUUAACAUGGAGCCCCUCAUAGAUAGAAACAACUUUGCCGUAAGUGCUAUGGUCACCGUGGCGAUGCAGAUCUUAUUUUUCAUGAUCGCCUCGCUGUCACAGAGCGACAAAGUUACAGAUUUCACUGGUGGUGCCAAUUUUAUCAUAAUAGCAUUAUUAACAUUCUUUCUCGGCCAAGGAGGUAGCACGUUGAAGAGCUAUGACAGCAGACAGCUUAUGGUGACAGCGUUUGUAUGUGUUUGGGGCGUGAGGCUCUCGGGAUAUCUCAUAUACAGAAUCUAUCACAUCGGCAGAGACAAACAGUUCGAGGAUCGCAAAAGUAACACUCUGAGGUUUGCCGUGUUCUAUACCUUCCAGGCGGUGUGGGUGUACGUUGUUAGUUUACCUGUCAUUAUAAUCAAUUCACCCCACCACUCAUAUCCCAAGGCGCCUAAAACAAUGACAACAUUAGACUCGGCUGGUGCGGGCGUGUUUGUGAUUGGUUUAUUAAUUGAAACUUAUGCGGACUUACAAAAAUUUGCAUUCCGCCAAGAACCAGCCAAUCAGGGCAGAUGGUGUAACGACGGCCUCUGGGGAUUGUCCAGACAUCCCAACUACUUUGGAGAAGUCGUUCUCUGGUGGGGUAUUUUUAUAAUAUCACUGAAUGUUAUCGAAGGUAUCGAAUACAUUGCUAUAUUAUCGCCUUUAUUCACAGCGGCAAUCAUAUUGUUCUUAUCUGGUAUACCUUUGCUCGAACGAUCGGCCGACGAAAAGUAUAGAGAUAACCCAGAUUAUUUAUAUUAUAAAGCGUCAACGUCACCCUUUAUACCGAUACCGCCAGCUAUUUACGUAGAGGUACCGAAAUUCCUGAAAUGCAUGUUGUGCUGCGAGUUCCCCAUUUACGAUUCCACGAGAGAUGACUUCCCCGCCCCCACCAUCGUCACCGAGACCACCAGCAUAUCGAUGGUGCAGUCUCAGACAUAGCUAACAAACGCCGCGCGCGACAGCGUUGCGGCUAAAGAAUCGAGUAAUCCAAAGAACCAGAACGACCAGAAACAAUUGUGAUACACGGCCGAGGAUAUACCUCAAAAGAAAUUGCCAAAUUCGUUGCCAUUAAAACAAAACAUUACUUUAGA